GGCGCGUAACACCACGAGCCUCAGUCCCGAGCCGUCCGCCGCGGCCGCCGCACGUCCCGCCACGCUCACACACUCGCGCGACCAGUGACUUGUGUAUCAUGUGCUGACCCAAGCCUUGGAUUUCGUGAAGUGAUAUUGUUCUGUGUUGUGGAUUGAGAAUAUUUUUUUAAGCUGGAAAAGGAUAUCGGUCUGUGGAGCAACAUGCUCACGUCAAGCAAUCAGUAUUUGCGACCGGAUUACCUGUCGCCGCUUCCGACAACGCUCGACGCGAAAAAGAGCCCGCUGGCGCUUCUGGCGCAAACCUGCAGCGCUAUCGGCGCGGACUCGCCUAACCCGAAGCUGAUCUCCGCCGCCGAGAAAGCCAGCAAGAAAUAUGAUGAGAAAACACAUAUACCUGACAACAAACCUAGCUUCAAGCCUUACGAAUCGUGCCUAACAGCGAGAGAAAAGACUAGAACGCCGGAUGACAGAGGGUCCGUCAAUGCUUCAUCAAAAACUCCGCUCUCAUCAAAAGGCAGUGCAUCUACCACGCCAGUGCAAGCGCGCUGCGCUAGUAAUCAGAGCUCCUCGUCACAGAGGACUCCACCGCCAGCUCACAGAAAGACACCAUCAGAAAAAUCUGACGAAAGGUCGAGCCCUCUACAUGGUUCGCCUGUUCCGUCAAAGUCUAACUCGGAUUCCAUCAGCAGCUCUUCAGCCUCAAAGUUACCGUUCACGCCCACCUCGUUAUCGUCCAGCGCAGACACCAAAGAACAUUCGAGCUUCAAGCCAAGCAUACCUGUUAGUUCUUCCGCCUUUCUCGGUGGAUUGCCUCAUUCCGGAUUUCCUUUACCAAUGGACCUAAUGACCAGUAGUCUAAUGGCAGCUCAGCAUCAUGCCUUGAAAAAUGGAUUGAAUCCGUACCUAGCCUAUGCCAGAAUGAAGGCACCUGGAAGUGAUCUGGGAAUCUGCAGAGAUCCGUAUUGCACGGGUUGCUCACUAAGCUCACAUUUGCUCAAGUCUGCCGUUUGCCCGGCGGGGUGUGCUCAAUGCGAUCACGCUAAAACCCCAUUUCAGUUACCAACUGGCCACCCUGCCGCCGCGGCUUACGCUCACGCACAGUUAGCCGCUCUGGCUGCAGCGUCACAGCUGCCGUACGUGUGCAGUUGGAUGGCGGGCGACUCGGCGUACUGCGGAAAGCGGUUCGCGACCUCGGAGGAGCUGCUGCAGCACCUGCGCUCGCACACGGCGAGCGGCGAGUCCAGCCCGAGCCUGUCCAUGCUGAGCGCCACGCACCCGCUGCUGCAGCGCACGUACCCCACGCCGCCGCUAUCGCCGCUGACGCCGCGCUUCCACCCGUACAGCAAGCCGUCGCACCUGGUGUCGUCGCCGCCGCUGCCGUUCCCGCUGCCGCCGCAUCCCUCGCUGGCGGCCUACUUCCCGCCGUACCCGCUGUUCGGGCCGCGGCCGCUGCACCCGUGAGGGCCGUCGGCGCUCCACGGACACAAGAAGGGGGGCGCCGACCGCUAACGCCCAUGCCAAACGGACAUUCGGAACCGAAGUAUGUGUAUAUAUAUCGUAGUGUUCUUCGGGUUUCUAGUCGGCUCAUAUCAUCGACGGAAGUGUAAGCCCCCGGCUCCGGGGGUCGCGACAGCUGUGAUCUCUAACUCGUAAUCAUUAUAAUUAGUGCACUGAACGCUUUGUCGUGACCGCGUGCGCGGAUUUUAAUUUUCUAGUUAGACUAACGAAAUUUUUAUGUACCAAAUCUCUAGAUUGUAAUUUAAAUUGAUUUUUUUAUUUAAGUUGUUGCAAUUAAUUAGUGAGGGUUGUUAAUUGUGUUUGUAUUUUUUAAGUGGAAAAUGUUUAAUGAUUUGGCGCCGCAUUGUUCUAUCACAUAUCUCGUAUGAAGUGCGUUGUGACUGAAGGUUCUCGUAGACGCAUGUUAGUCCAGCUCUUGACAGGUAUCAUGUUACCGCGACUAUUCCUCAUUUAUAUUUAUAUAAUUGCUACUCUCAGUUUCCUAACGAUAAGAUCUUAGAUGAAUCUCACGAAACACUUUACUUUUUAAAUUUACAUUCUAAUGCUUGCAAAACUGGCACAUUAUAUUUUUAUGUGUAACGAUAAAUUAAUGUUUACAUAGACACUCAGAUGUUACUAUAUGACACAAAUAACUUAGUGUGAAGAAGAAUGCGUGUACAACAUUCGUAUAAAGUAAAGGACACUGUAAUACUUGCAACUGAUAACUGUUGAAAUAAAUUUGUUGUUAUAAAGGGCAUAAAGCGAAAAAUAUACGUAAAUAUUUAAUUUGAAA